GAAAUUUGCUUAAAGUAAUUUUCUGUUUUUGUAGAAUUUUGAUUCAAUUCCUCACGUAUCAGCUGGAGAAGAACAGUACUAUGGUGGCUCGGUAUCUCUAGCAGAUUAUUGUCCGUAUAUACAAGAAUUUACAUGGAGAGCUCGAAAUAUUAUAGUUAGAGGUUCCCAUUGUCUAUAUGAAGAAAACAAUCCUCAUCCAGACAAGAAUUUUGCUUUAGAAAAAUAUGGACCACAUUCGCGAUGCUUCGAUCAUACAAAUCAAAUGUGGGAAGAAAGAACCUGCAAGCAAGCUCGACAGUGGCAACAUUGGGGUUCUGGUUGUUAUCAAUACAAAUGUGAAGCUGGAAGAUUACAUAUUAUGGUUGCGAAUUACACUUAUACCUGUUAUCAUGCAGGUCAAGAAAUCGCUAUUAGAAUAAUGCAAAAUAGUUGGCUUCAUAAAGGUGCUCUAAUUUGUCCUCCAUGUCGAGAUAUUUGUCAGGUGGAACUAACAGAAAAACACGACCAUUGCAAGCCAGGAGAUGAACACCCACCUGCAACCUAUUAUCAUAGAGACAAUUUAUAUUGUGCAUCUGCAGGAACAUUUAAAAAUUGGUCAGCAUUUAUUAUUUUAAUUUGCUUUCUAAUCCCUAGAUGAUACGUAGUUGAAUAUAGGUGAUCCAUUUAUUGAUGUUUAGAUUACAUAACUUAAUAAAUUAUGAAAUAAUUUCUUCUACUGUAAGAACUGAUGUUCACUGUAUUCACGCUUUGAAUUUAUGUUAAGCACAUUUAUGAAUAACUUUAUAUAAUUAGAAUAAUAAUUUUGAUAAGGUAUUUGUUAAGUGCCAAUAGUAGUAAGUACAGGGUAUUUUAUCUAAAAAUACUAAAUAUAGAAUUUAUUUUAAUCUUGUGAAUAAUUUCUAUUGUUAUUAAAUAAAAACCGUUUGAAAAAAUAGGUUCUUUGGUUUUAGAAAACAGAUAGUGUAACAAUAAAAAUUUAUGAAGGUCAUUACCUCAAAAUUUUAAAAAUAUCAAAUUUUUCUAAUUUUAGGUAUUAUAAAAAGUUUAAGAGAUUCCUCUUCGAAGAAAUGGGAAUGCCGUUACCUGAACAUAUUACUAUAGUACUAUUUGCGAAAAACAAAAUAACGACUGAUGCUAGUUGUCCAACUGUACUGGGCGUUUCAAUGGGUACUGAUGAAGUUUAUUUAGAAAUAACUUUUAAAAGAGACGGCUAAGUGGGCUGAAAAUUGUAGAGAUUAGACUUCUUUAAGUAGGCAGUUAAUGACUUAUAUUUUCCAAAUAUCUACUGUCAAGGAAGAUGAUGUAGCGCAUUCGUUGCUCAAAAUUAUCAAUAAUUUUAUUUACGAAUGAUGUUGGAAUUCCUCUUAUUAUGUAAAUUAUCGCUUCUUUUAGCCCCUCCAGUAUUUUGGGACAAUUCUGAUCAAUUUUUUCUUUCGCAUAGCUUCAUGAAGUAGUCAGGGCUAUAGAAUGGCCAAGCAAUUUCGUUACCAAAUCAGCUGAGAAAGAUUUUGCCAAUGACGCGAUCACCAUAAUGAAAGCGUACAAGAUCCAGAACAUCAUUUGUUAUGUGUGGUGGUGCACCAUCUUGUUGAAAGUAGUAAUUUUCUACCCAGUUCUUAUGGUAAGCAUCUGACAUUAAACGAUUAGACAGCACGUUCCAAUAUUGUUCCGAGUUGACAGUUUGCUCGAAAGAACACAACCCAAGGAUUCCAUCGCUCCAGAAACCGCACCAACUGGUAAUUUUUUUGGGGCGAAGAGGACAAAUAACAGCAAACUCUGACUUUUGUGUACCUCAGAAUCGAUAGUUGUAUCCAUUUACAUAAUCAUUAAUCAAAAGUAGGCUUCAUCCGAAACUUUAAUCGGUCAUAUUACACAUAACGUUCGCAAAUUCGUAUCUUUUUUGUAUUGCUUGUUCAUCUAAAGGCUAAACGGCUUGAAUCUUAUACCUAUGAAUGAACAUCCAAAUUUUCCCUUCAUAUGCUCCAAGUAGUGGCAGUGUUAACGUUAAGUUGUUAAGCCAAUUAAUUGGUUGAUGUUUUUGGCUUUUUCUCUAAAAUAUUUUGAGCCUCUUCGGUAUUUUCAGUAGUCCGAGCUGAUCUUUGUUUUGUCCUGAUUCCAAUCUUAUCAUCAGCUACAGAACCAAGUCUUUCAAAUUUUUUGAAAAAAAUCUUUAGUGUCUGUUGCUAGCUUACCUAGGUUUUUGAACGCACUACUUCACCUCCUAAGAUAAGCUGUAACACUUUCAUCAUAGAAAUGAAAAAUCUUCACUAAAAAAAUACGCUCCUCAAUCAAAUAAUAUUCCAUGUUCAUUAAAUUUCAAAUUGUUGCGAUGCAUUUCUAAAACUUGUGCAAUUUUCCUUAAGUCUGCAGAUAAUGCACACAUAGUUUCAAAUAGGUGGCGUGUUUCCUUGAACUGUUGUUCCUGUUUAAUUGUUUGUAUGGCACGGAUUUUUGUAAAUGUCCGGUCGAAAAAUGUCAGGCGGUGUGAUCGCGCCUCUGCUUUGUGUCAGAAUGCAUUAUGUGAUGCGAUAACUCUGCCAUUUAAUUUUACAUUUCUAUUAAUUAUCUAAUUAUUUGCAUUCUAAGAUAGCAAGCUUGCAAAACUACUUGGUACUUUUAAACGAUUAAAGUCUAUCAGUACCCAUUAAAACACCCUGUACAUAUGUGAGUGUGUUAGAUGCGUGACUGACAAUGAAAAGCAUUGUCCUUUGCCGUGUUAUAGCUUCUACGAUACAAGUAUCUCUCGAGUUUCGUAUAAUAUACAUAUAGUUUUACAAACACACCUAAAGGGAGGAAAAAGUGAUACGAAAUCAAUGGUACACCUGAAAUUAAAUCAAAUCAAGCUUUCCGAAGAAAAAAUUCUUCACUAAAUCUGACACUUGACAGUUUCGAAACAUUAUGCCUAAUUCACAAAAUGUAUUUUUGUAUCUUAUAAUAAAGAAAAUUUUCCCAAGUAAAUCGUUCUUCAUAAAAACAAGCUGAUUCGAUUGAUAACAAGUGAAAUCAAUAAUGAACUCGUUUUGAAACUCGGUUGUAAAAUAAUUAAUAUGUAUCAUAUAAGCUUUCUCGACGCCAGAAGAACUGAAGAUGGCUCCUUCUUCGCAAGAAGGGGUCUAUUGUUCUGAACUAGGGAAAGCCUGAUUUGAUCGUGUGGCCAUACCUUACAAUUCUCAUAACAGUCUCCUUAUCAGACUUAUGGAUAAAAGUGAGAAAACUGUCCUUUUCUAUUUCUGUUAAAUGUCACUCUAAGCUGGCGCUAUAUACAGGGUGUCCCAAAAUUAGAUCGAAUCCCGUGGAGAGAUAAUUGCUGAAGUAAUUCCAAACAAGGUGGUUAAGGCUUCGUUUUCGGAUUAUUAACGACAAACACUGUCCAAUUAGAGCACGCGUUGAGCAUGCGUAUAGCACGGGCUGAGCGGAGAGAGUGUUGGGUAUGCUCUGCGUUCGAACCGUGGUCGUGAUCAAGUGCAUCAAUACCACGUCAGUGUAAUAGGACACGUUGGGUGAUGUGACAGUGAAUAAAAAUAUUUAUUUACUUGAAAGAAUCGGUCCCUUUCGGACCACGUAUUGAAAUUCUGCCAAAAGUGAUAGUGACCGUGUGGUUGACUGAAUUCAAUGAUCCCGUCUGGAGAUCAACUAUUCUUCGUAAUGUGUUCCUUCCUCGAAAAGUGACUACAAAGUAUUUUUUUUAUCCAUUCCAAACAACGAAUAAAAGUGUUGGAUCAAUUCGAUUUAUUCAUUAUUUAUAAACAACGAUUUGUUACUUUAUUCGUUGUUCAUGAGCAACGAAUAAUUCGAUACUAUUAUUCUUUUCUUUAUUCUUAUUCAUUAUUCCAUACAACUUUUGCCCAACGAAUUCUAUUACACUGACAUGGUAUCUAUGCACUUGAUCACGACCACGGUUCGAACGCAGAGCAUACCCAACACUCUCGCCGCUCAGCCCGCGCUAUACGCGCGCUCUGAUUAGACAGUGUUUGCCGUUAAUAAUCCGAAAGCGAAGCCUUAACCAACAUUUAAAUGAAAAAUGUUGUUUGGAAUCAUCUGAGCAAUCAUUCCUCCACAGGAUUCGACCUAAUUUUGGAACAUCCUAGGAAUCAUCAUAUAAAUAGCAUGGCCCCUGCGUUACGUCUAACGCAAAAAAUCGUAAAAAAAUUUUACUUUAAUUAAUUUAUAUAACAUCUUGCGACUAAAAUGCUAUUAAUGAAUUCUAGGAAAGAACGGGACAGUGAAACAGAAUGUUAUAGUAAGAAAUUAUUAAUAAAUAUUGUUUCAGUUGUUUAAAUUAUAA